CUCGGCAGGGCGGACGUCCCUUGCGGACCCCGAUCGCAGCGGCCCGGGCGAGCGGAGCCGAGCCGAGCGGGGGCAGCAUGGCGCUGGCCGCAGCCGCCGCCGCCGCGGCCGCCGGGGUGAGCCAGGCGGCGGUGCUCGGCUUCCUGCAGGACCGCGGAGGGAAGGUGCGCAACUCUGAGCUGCUCGGCCGCUUCAAGCCGCUGCUGGACGCCGGAGACCCGCGCGGCCGCGCCGCCCGCCGGGACCGCUUCAAGCAGUUCGUCCGCGACGUGGCGGUGGUGCAGGAGCUCGACGGCGUCAAGUUCGUGGUGCUGCGGAAGAAGCCUCGGCGCGCCGAUGGCCCAGCGCUGUGGCUGCCUGGCCUCCCCGCGGCGCCUGCCCCGCCGUCGAAGGCCGAGUCCGUCUCCCCAGGAGACGCACCGUUGGCCCCGGCGCAGCAGCAAGUGGCGCCUCCGGAGCAGCCGAGCCCGCUGUCCGGGCCACAGGACACCCCGGGGGCUCCAGCCUCUGAGCCCGCCCGGCCCACCGAGGCGCUGGUGGGCUCGGCCCAGCAGUUCGGGGCCCCUGGCGUCACCGGGGCUCCAGCCUGUGCGCCCGCCCAGCCCUCGGAGGGGGGCCCCGGGGAUGUCGCCCCAGAAGCCCGCGCGCCGUCGCCAGAGGCAGCGGCGCCCCCGAAGCCCUGCAUGCUGCCGGUGCGCUGCGUGCCGGUGGCCGCGGCGCUGCGGGUCCGCGCCGAGGAGCAAGGCCUGCGUCGGCAGCUGUCGGAGGAGCCGAGCCCGAGAAGCUCCCCGAUGUUCCGGAGGCGGCUGUCCGUGGAGGAGCCGGGCCUGGGCGCCGGCCGCUCCCCGCACCUGAGGCGCCUGUCGCGCGCCGGGCCGCGCCUGCUGAGCCCCGACGCCGAGGAGGCGCCCGCCGCACCACCGCCGCCCGCCGUGCCCCUGGAGCCCGCUGAGCACGAGUGGCUGGUGCGCGCGGCCGGCGGCCGGUGGUCCCGCCAGCUGCACGGGCUGCUGCUGCGGGACCGCGGCCUGGCGGCCAAGCGCGAUUUCAUGUCUGGCUUCACGGCCCUGCACUGGGCUGCCAAGAGCGGCGACCGCGAGAUGGCCCUGCAGCUGGUGGAGGUGGCGCGGCGCGGUGGCGCGCCGGUGGACGUGAACGCGCGCUCGCACGGCGGCUACACGCCGCUGCACCUGGCUGCGCUGCACGGCCACGAGGAUGCCGCGGUGCUGCUGGUGGUGCGCCUGGGGGCCCAGGUGCACGUCCGCGACCACAGCGGCCGCCGGGCCUACCAGUACCUGCGGCCCGGCUCCUCCUACGCGCUGCGCCGCCUCCUCGGAGACCCGGGCCUGCGAGGUGUAAUGGAGCCAGACACGGCCGGCGGUGGGCCUGGUAGCCUCGCGGCGCGCCACCCGGUGCAGGUGGCCGCCACCAUCCUCAGCUCCACCACCAGCGCGUUCCUGGGGGUCCUGGCUGACGACCUGAUGCUCCAGGACCUGGGGCGCGGCUUGAAGAAGUCGAGCUCCUUCAGCCGGCUGUUGGGCGCCUCCCCCAUGGCUCCGCGUAAGAAGACCAGGGUCCGCGGUGGCCUGCCAGCCUUCCCAGAAAGCUCUCGCCGACCCGCCGCGGGGCCGUUAGCUGGCUUAAUGUCCAGUCUGCCCCCUACAACCUGAAGGCCCCUGGGGUUAUGGCCUCUUUGAUCUAAUAGGCCUGCCCGCUGUGGUCUAGGCCUGGGCGUGACACCUGCAGGCCCGUCCUGUUUCCACCCUCCUCCUCUCAUGGGCCUGCUCCUCUGCCCCUCCUCUGAAGCUCUAUCUGUCUCCAGGGGUGGGGUUGUGGAUCUCGGGUGAGAGGCUUCUGCGGAGAAACCCCGAAUCAGGCCUGAACAGCGGAGGAGGCUUGAAAUUUAGGGUCAAAGGUUAAGGGGCAGCAGCUGGUCUGGGCCCGAACGCUUAACCAGAGGCCUCUUCACCUACACACUCGCAAGCCGGAAGUGGAGCAAGGGUCCCCGAAUUGUUCUAAUAUUGGGUGGUCAGCUUCAAGAUACCUGGUAGUUUUGUAAUUUGACGCUUUUAUUCUGUUUUUAAAUUGAAAUGAGGUAAAGCAACUUUCAUAAUAACCUUUAAAAUUUAUAUUUUUCCAUUUUUAGGCAAAAUGCUCAGACAUUUUCAACCUUUUGGUAAAUAUUUUAGAAUCCUAUUAAAAAAUAGAUGAUCAAGUCUAAAGAAAAUUAGUCCCAACAACAAAACUUUAAAAAAGUUUACCUACCUCAUUUUAGGCACUCAAGAUUCUGGUAGCCAGGGCAUGGUGGCAUACACCCGUAAUCCCAGCCCUCGGGAGGCUGAGGCAGGAGGAUCGCUACGAGUUCGAGGCCAGACUGGGCUACAUACUGAGUUCAGGGCCAGCCUGAACUACAAAGAGAGACCCUGUCUGAAAAAGUAAAAACAAAAAGUUUCUGGAGAGUCUUGAACACAGAGAAAUCAGUGUGACCCUCCUGAAUGUAACUACUUUCACUUGUACUGUUACUAUUAGGAAACGAGCAUCUUGGGAGUGAAAGUGAUUUGACAGAGGAGAUAUUUUGGCAAAUACUUUUAAACUAUGGUGAAAUGUCAAUGUGUGUUUGGCAUUACUAGGUGGCUAUUUUGAUAUGGCAUGAAUAUUUAAUUUUUUAAAAUUGUGAUUUAUUUGUGAAUUGGACCUUUGUGCCAUGUUUCUGAAUCUGUGGUUUUUACAUUUGGCUGAGCCAUGCAGUACAAUGGGUAAAUAUUCAAAGAAAAAAAAGUCAGCAUUACACUGGAAAAAAGUGAUUAAAUAGUAAUUGAUACAAUUACAGAACAACUCUUAUAGGAAAGUUCUCAACAAAUAAAAAUGCAUGAUAAUACAUUUUUAAAAACAUUUGAAGCAAGGGCCGGGGAUUUAGCUCAGUGGUUUCUCUGCCUGCUGCAGCAAGCACAAGGACCCAAGUUCGAUCCCUGGUACCAAAAAAAAAAAAAAUUUGAAGCAGAUGGUUUAUUCUAAAAUACCAAAUGAAGUGUCUUUAAGUGACCUUGGAUGGGUGGCUUAUUGUCUCUGGCCCUUUGUUCCUGUCUGUAAAUUGAGAAUGCUUGUAGAUAUUGCCAAGAUGUCCCAGGUUCGGCACAGUCCAAUUUAAAUGGCACUUUUUCUUUUUUAAAGAUGUAAAGCCUAUGUGGUCAACCAACUUUUUAACAUUCUGCUUUUGCAAAUUACGUUUGCAUGUGGUUAGCUAUAUCAAAUGGCUUUUAUAGUACAAGGUAAUGGGGCUUCCCUAUUCCCCCAAAUAUAUAUCAGUGAGGCAUUUGAAAUUACAAAAGCAAUCAUUCAUGGAAUGUUUGAUAUAAACAAUGAAAUAAACAGUCCCCCAAUUUA